GUUUAAGUUUGACGUACAGAUUUGAAAUGAUCUUAUCUUUGCGUUCCUAGAUCACAAAGAUAUGGAUAAAGGACGUGAAAGUGCUACGUCAAGCAAGCAAGAUUCUGAUGAUAACAAUGAAGAGGGCAUUGUGGAAAAUCAAGAAGGGACACAGCAGCACGGACAGAGAGAAAUGAUGGCAACGUCAUCCCUGGCUGGUGAAAAUCAUGUUGUGGUGUAUGACCCUGAGUGUGAUCGGAGGCCUCCAAUACAGGAGACUGGUGAUGAUGAAAUGGUGUUUCAACAACCAGCACAGGUUGGUUUAAAUCCCAAUAUCAUGGCGUAUGGUUCGGGUGCUUCUCCUAAAUUGGGAGGAGUGAUUAUUGGGGAGAUAGAUAACAAUGGUCAGGUGGAGGUCUUGGUCAUGUCAGUAGAGACUUCUCCAGCCAUUGUAAAUGGACUUUGAAUUGUCUCUAACUGUCUCUAAAUUGUCUCCAAACAUUGUUUCUAACUUUGACAUUCAGUAAUCUAUACUAUUAAAAUUGGCAAUGGUUGAUUAAUCCAAUAAUUUGGUAUCCGUGUCUGGGUAUAUUGUAAUUUAGAGGUAGGUAAAAGAAACUCUACACGUGUUGGGUAUAUGGUGUGACAUUUAUGCAGGCAUUAUUAAGUUAAUGGGAUUUCUUAGAUUGUCAAUUUUCACAGGGUGUGGAAAGUAGACCAUAUCGAGAAAUAUUGUACGCAUGUACAUGUAUACGGUGUGGUUCAUAGAAUGAUUCUUUGAUACUGGUGUGAAUAGAUGACUCACAGUGUCUUACACAUGUACUAGUAUAUAUUAUUUAUUGACGUUUAGUAUUAAUGAUCAAUAACUAUAUUCAUGUGUUAAACAAAGCAAAGACAUUUUUAAAUUGUACAUAUAUAAUGAUCAGUUUAAUAGACCUUUCUAAUAAUAAUAUGGCGUCAGCGUGCAUAAGCUAUUUUGUGACGUCAUGCAAACGCGGAUAAACACUUUG